AUGGUUUAUGACCGCUACAUUGCCAUCUGCAAACCCCUGCACUACAGGACAAUAAUGGCCAGCAGAACUUGUGUCAACAUGGCAGCAGCUGCCUGGAGCAGUGGCUUUGUCAAUGCCCUCCUUCAUACUUCCAAUACAUUUUCACUACCAUUCUGCAAGGGCAAUGCUCUGGACCAGUUCUUCUGUGAAAUUCCCCAGAUCCUCAAGCUCUCCUGCUCAGAUGCCUACCUCAGAGAAGUUGGACUUCUUGUGAUUAGUGCCUGUUUAGCAUCUGGGUGUUUUGUUUUCCUUGUGCUGUCCUAUGUGCAGAUUUUCAGGGCAGUGCUGAGGAUCCCCUCGAUGCAGGGACGGCACAAAGCCUUUUCCACAUGCCUCCCUCACCUGGCCGUGGCCUCCCUGUUCAUUAGCACCGGCACAUUUGCCUACCUAAAACCUCCAUCCAUGUCCUCCUCCUCCCUGAACCUUUUGCUGGCAGUUCUGUACUCGGUGGUGCGUCCCACACUGAACCCUCUCAUCUACAGUGUGAGGAACAAGCAGCUGAAGAAUUCAGUGUGGAAAAUGAUGAUUGGAUGUUUUUCAGAAGCAAUAAAAUGCCUGUCUUUUGUGUAA